AUGGCAGCCUCAACCCAGCCGGACCGUCUGCUUGCCCAUGCUCUUCAAGAGCGUGCAAUCAAGUUCAACCAGGCGAGCAUUGCGGCGGAUUUCAAUCUCGAGACAGAAAAUGGCAGAAGGAAUGCUCAAUGGGCAGCCGACCAUGUCACUUCCCCGACAUUGCUUUCGAAAGAAGAAUUGGCUUUACUUAACAGCCUAGAAAAGUCGGGGGCUUCUCAAGCAUUUCUUCGUCACCCUGCGUUGACAUCAACACGACCUUUAGACGAAGAUGCAAUCCGCGCAGCAACCGCUAAUUUAAAGUCAUCCACAGCAACCUAUUUGGAACAUACAGCGGUCUUGAAAUCCCAACAUGCCACCUUGGAAAAACUGCAGUCGGGGAGACGAGAAGCCGAUCGAGAGUAUGACCGAUAUAUAAAUGACCUGACUCGGCGACAUCUGCUAGAGAAGCAGAGGAAAAAAGCAAUGUCUGAGGAUUUGAUAAAAGAUUUCGAGAGUAGAAUAUCCCUGCAGCAACAGCAGAUCCAAGUCGAGAAACGACAGCUACUGCAGACAGUCACGACAAAACUAAGAAAUGACGAUCGGGUUCUCGUUCAAGUUGAGCGUUUUGCCGCCGAGCUCGAGAUGACAGAAGAGGAUGAAAAUACAGAAAAACGAGUAAUGCACCUGACCUUGACAUUGUCGAAGCUGAUCUCGGAAGAAAUCCAAUGUCGGCUAGAUCGACUGUAUCUUGACUCGCUUAUUAGAAGUGACGAGAACACUAAACAGGAGACGGAUCUGGAUGAUAGGAUCUCUAUGUUAGAAGAGGAUUUAGACUCGCUCUAUUUGGAGGUAGAAGCCCUGGCUGAAAUGUCUGCAAGGCAAGAGUUCGGCCAGCGAAUACGUGACGAACUUCAGAAGAGCAAGCAAAAUCUUGACCACUCAUCAGAAGAGUGUCUCGAAAUGAUUUCCCGACUACUCUCUGAAAUGACGGAAUCCACGAACCAGGUUACUGAUAGACUGUUGCAUUAUCAGUCAUACCGCGAAGCUUUGACGUUAUUGGCUUCCCUUUAUAUGAAUGAGAAUGCCCGAAACGAGACUGUGAACAGCAAAGAUAAGAGAUCUCACCGACGACAGUCCUCUAUUAAAUCUAUUUCAGGGCAGUUAACGACAUCCCAAAAGCCACAGUCACAAGCUCUGGACAACAUACUACGCCGCCUAGGUAUCUCAGGGAUGGAGCAGGGUCCACUAAAUCAAUGUGAUUCAGCAGGUCUGAUUUCUGAAAGUCGGAUUCGAAUGGUGGAGCUGCUCAAUAACUUGAACACAUCUACAGAAAUGCCACUCACAGAAGAGCUAGGAUCUACUGACAAAGCCAAGGAGCUUUUCGCCUUUUCUCUACAAAGAGACUCGCAAUUCCGGAUAUCUCUAUCUGACCAGUUCCAGAAAGAGCGUCUUACAGAUCUGGAAAGGCGGCUGACGAUAAUCCAGAAAGGAAUCGAAGGAAUAAAUCUUGGAACUCUCGUGGAACAAACCGAAAUGCGUGAAAGACAAUUGAAAGGCAAUAAAGAUGUUAAACCAGAGAUUUGA